UACGGAUUUGUUUCUUCACAUCCACCCGCGGAUCGAUCGUUGAAUAAAUAGGAGACGGGUCGGAGGCGGAUUUCGCAUCGCUUCUCGUCCUCUCCCCUAUUUUCUUCUUAAAUCUUCGCGAACAACCUCCACCUCCCUCUUUCUUUUCUCGAUUGCCUGUGAUCUAGGGUUUCGUACGUCGCCCUUUUCGAUACCUUGCUGCCGCUGGUCUUUGAUUCGCCCUGACGUCUCCUUCGCGAACCUCUCGUCGGCUCCGACUGCGGUGGUCAUAUCUGUAUUGUGGUAUUCAACAUGACGAUUCCUAAUUCGGAGGGUUUCUUUCCGCCGGAGAGCUGCUUGCCUCGCGCUCCCGCGGAAGAGAAAGAUAUCAUAAUGGAACUGAUCAGAUCCUCCGAAGCCAGUAUCAAGGAAGGCGAUCUCUACUACCUUGUCUCGCAUAGAUGGUGGAUGGAAUGGCAAGAAUAUGUGGAUUUAGACCAGUCUGAUGACAAUUCCAAUGAGGGCAUUUUUUGCAUCCCUCGUAGGCCCGGAGAGAUUGAUAAUUCUAAUCUUUUAUUGAAUGAAUCAGUUGUGGAAGGUAAUGAAUUGGAUCUUAAAAGAUCUUUGCAGGAAGGAGAAGACUACAGUUUGGUGCCGCAAGAUGCUUGGAAGAAGCUUCUAGAAUGGUACCGAGGGGGACCAGAACUACCUAGAAAAGUAAUUUCUGAGGGUUUUAUUACCAAGAAGUUCAAUGUAGAAGUUUAUCCUCUUUGUUUGCAAUUAGUUGAUGGAAGAGACAAGUCCCAGAGAACUUUAAAGAUUAGCAGAAUGGCAUCAGUGCGUGAGCUUUACAACAUGGUUUGCAUGCUUCUUGAACUAGAGAAGGAGAAGGUUUCAAUCUGGGAUUAUUACAACAAAACUAAGCAUCAGUUUUUGAACAACUUUGAUCAAACUCUCGAGGAAGCUCAGUUGCUUAUGGACCAGGAGGUUCUUUUGGAGGUCCAAGAUGAUAAGCUUUGGCCUUCCAAUGUCAGUAUGAGUUCAGCUGGAAAUGAAUUGGCUCUGGUUCCUUUAGAACCUUCAAGGUCUUCUGUUACAAUUGCUGGAGGUCCUAUGUUAUCUAACAGCUAUUCAACUGGAUUUCGCUCCAAUUUUCUAGAAGGGGGCAAUUUUAGUUCUUCACAGAGGGACACAGAAGAUAGGGAUGAUGUUUUGAAUAAUGGAAUAAAGGUUGAUGGUCAAGGACUGACAGGAUUGCAUAACCUGGGCAAUACUUGUUUUAUGAACAGUGCCUUACAGUGUUUAGUGCAUACACCUCCCCUUGUUGAUUAUUUUCUUCAAGAUUACAGUGAGGAGAUAAACAAGGAAAAUCCCUUGGGAAUGCAAGGUGAACUUGCAAUUGUUUUUGGAGAAUUGCUAAGGAAGUUAUGGUCAUCAGGACGGACAUCAGUAGCACCACGUGCAUUUAAAGCAAAGCUUGCUCGGUUUGCUCCUCAGUUUAGUGGAUAUAAUCAACAUGAUUCUCAGGAACUUCUUGCCUUUCUAUUGGAUGGUCUGCAUGAAGAUUUAAACCGUGUAAGAAGCAAGCCUUACAUAGAAGCAAAAGAUGCAGAUGGUCGUCCAGAUGAUGAAUUUGCUGAGGAAUGUUGGCAAAAUCACAAGGCUCGAAAUGACUCCAUUAUCGUUGAUGUUUGCCAAGGCCAAUAUAAGUCAACAUUGGUAUGUCCUGUCUGUAGCAAAGUUUCUGUGACAUUUGAUCCUUUUAUGUACUUGUCGCUGCCACUUCCUUCAACUGCCACCCGGACGAUCACUGUGACUGUGUUUAGUGGUGAUGGCAGCUCUCUUCCCAUGCCUUUCACUGUGACAGUGCCAAAAAAUGGUUGUUGCAAAGAUCUAAUUCAAGCACUGAAUACUGCUUCAUGCCUAAAGCACACUGAGGCCUUGGUACUGGCAGAGGUUUAUGGCAACCGUAUAUACCGCUACCUAGAGAAUUCUUUUGAAUCAUUAUCUAACAUAAAAGAUGAAGAGCAUAUUGUGGCUUACAGACUUCCUAUACACCAUGAGAAAUUAUUGAGACUAGAGAUAUUGCAUAGGAGAGCAGAAGGAUUUUUAUCAGAACCACGAUAUAGUGCCCAUCUGAAGCUUCUUGGAACGCCACUAGUUACAACCUUGUCAGUGGAUUCCAGAACUGGAGUAGAUAUCCAUGCUGCUGUUCUUUCUGUGCUUGCUCCAUUGCUGCGAGCAAAUGCACUUACAUGGUCACAUGGGGACAAGAGUAGCAGAGACAGUGGCUCUGGGCCAAGCCUGGAUUCUAUUGUACUCUCGGAUAAUGGUAUUCAGUGCUCAGAAGAGACUUUGUCAACAUCAGACAUGGAAUUAGAAGAGGUCCAUAACAGUAUUCCUGACAUUCAGCUUGCCUUGGCAGAUGGGAAGGUCAUCAGUAGAAGUACGGUUGAUGUUGAUUAUACUGUUCCUGUAUCUCGUCUAAAGGUGGUGAUGAACUGGUCAGACAGAGAGCAUGAAAUUUAUGACUUCAGUUUCCUUGAGGAUCUUCCUGAAGUGUUCAAGUCUGGUUUCAUGUCAAAGAAAACUCGGCAGGAGGCAAUCACUUUAUAUUCAUGCUUGGAAGCAUUUAUAAAAGAAGAACCUCUAGGGCCUGAUGAUAUGUGGUACUGCCCUAGGUGCAAGGAACACAGGCAGGCAACUAAGAAGCUUGACUUAUGGAGGUUGCCAGAUAUUUUGGUUGUUCACUUGAAACGAUUUUCUUACAGCCGAUUUAUGAAAAACAAACUUGACACAUUUGUGAACUUCCCUGUGCAUAACCUUGAUUUAAGCAAAUAUGUUGGGCACAGGGAAAGUGCUUCAAGUUCUCUUGUUUAUGAACUCUAUGCAAUAAGCAACCACUAUGGUGGCUUAGGUGGGGGUCACUACUCUGCUUUUGCAAAGCUACUUGAAGAAGACAGCUGGUUUCAUUUCGAUGAUAGUCAUGUUUCCCCUGUAAACGAAAAUGAAAUCAAGAAAUCAGCAGCCUAUGUCCUGUUCUAUCAGCGAGUUGGAGUUGAGUCCAAGAUGGAUGUCAGGGAAACAGGGAUCAGCCCAGAUUCUUCAAAUUUUUAAGAGCAAAUCUGAAUUGGCAAGCAAUUUGAUUUUUGUUUCAUGAUUCUUUUAACCUUAAAUAGUGGAAGGAUAGCUGGGUUGCAGCUUUUAACUGAUCAUGCUGUUGGUUGACAUGGCCGUAGAAGUUUGGUGGUGAUCAUUGAUUCAAAAUUGUUUGAUCUGCCACUGAAUCCCCACCCACAAACAUAAUCCAAGACUGGACUCACAGUGCAAUUGAUAGUUCAAGGAAGCUAAGGUCAUUUAUUACAUUGUUUUAGAAAUUAUUGAGGUAUGAAGCUGUCGAGUGUUGUAUGAGUUAAUUUUUCAUCUUUUAGAUUAGAGUUGGAAGUGAAGUUCACCAUAAUGUUUAUUAUUUGUUACUAUUAGAUUUGAUAGAUUAUCCCGGAAGCAGUUGCCACUACAUUUGGCAGAUGAGGAUUGGAAUGUCCUUGAGCUUUUCAAUGAUCCAUUCAAAGCUACCAAUCUGGCCCUGGUGAUAUUCUCUUAUUUUUGUAGAGAGAUGUUUGAAGCUGUAAUGCAAAUGUUUUCUUUUGCAAACUGCACUUUCUGCAGUAAAAUUGUAAUGACAGGUUGAAAAAGUGGUUCAGUGUCUCAUUUUUUCUUCA